AAACAGUACACGCCCAGCGCUCGUGCACCGCGCGCCGUAAAACCCGCACCCCGGUCGGGUUUGGUCCCCGCGCGCUGGGGGCGCGUGGACAGGCCGCUGUGCUGCAGACGAUCCACGCGCGGAUCCGAAUUGGCGCUGCGCACAUUCGGAACGGAACAACAACAUGACUGCGGCUGUAAGUCCUGUGCACGGUGGUGAUGAGCAGUCAGGGCAGUAGCAGCCGGGGCAGCGGCUGGCACGCAAACACUCCUCCACCAUGUCACACUCCUGGACCAAAGCUCCAGGUGCAGCGCUCUCUUUCUCGUGACACCAUUACCAUCCACUUCUCUGCUUUAGGGAAGGAAGAAGAUGAUGAGGAAGAUGAGCUCUUUGGGGGACCUGCUGGAACUAAAGCUGGGCUUGAUGGAUCAGGUGGUCUUCAAUGUCCAGAAGCAUUAGGGGCUGAUAGUCAGGCUGUCAUCACUGGCCUGGAGGCAAAAGAGGAGCUGUUAUUUGAAUCUGCUGGUGCAGAGUCCUCCUCAGGAGCUGCCAUGCUGCCUGUGUCACCCACCAUCCUGCAUGUGCUGCCCUCAGAAGCUCAAACACACCAUCACACAAUGUCUGCAGCUAUGACUAUUAUCCCGUGUGCUACAUACUCCCACCUGAGCUCCACUCCUCCUGCCAGUUCAUCCUGGCCCUCUGAUCGGACCUCAGCCAGCCCCCAAUUCACAAGCUCAAGUUCCUCCUCCCCUUGUAAGUCUUCAGCUCUUUCAUCCUCAAAGCCUUUCCUCAGCCUGGUCAGGUCUUUGUCCAAUGAUGUUGACUCUCGGGAAACUACAACUACAUCCACUGGUGUUGCACCACCACAUGCACGCCAUCGCCACUUAAUGAAAUCUUUUGUUAAAUCUUUGUCCACGGACACUUCAAAAACUGAACCCCAAGAAGGGACUCAGCAUCACUACCUUCAUCAUCAUCCUCCUCCUCCUCAGCAGCAGCAGAUGCAGCCAUCCCAACGGCCUCUGGUUGAGUCACGUCGCAACAUGCAGCUCUUCAAGCAGUUCUCACAGCCUCGCUUAUCAACCAGCACCAUCACUGUCAGUCAAGCAGGUGGUGACUCCAAAACGGCCCCCUCCUCCCCAGUCAUGUCCCCAGAUGGGAGGUCUUUCUUCAAGGUUCAAGAGGUGGAAGCAAAGAUAGAAGACACCAAGCGACGGCUGUCCGAGGUGAUAUCAGACCCCCUGCAGCUUUUCAGUAAGAUCAUGGGGGAUGAAUCUGGAACAGCGGCUGUGGGAACUGCCACGCUUCGUGCCAAAUCCCUGUCAUCCAGUGCAUCGGAGCUCAGUGCGAUGACAGUUAUGAAUGGACAUGCUGAAGGCAGUAACAACUACAGCAUCAGGGAGGAGGAGAGCCAAGAAGGAGAAGAGGAGGAAGCAACCCCCACUGGCAAAGGCCCUGACUCUGUGUUUUUCUCAUUCCCACCACUGGGAACACCUCUAGCCCAAACCCAGGCCCCCUCAUCCACUCUGUCCAAAUCUCCAUCUCUAACCCUGGGCCGCUGCUCCAUGUCGGCUUUGGUAGCUCGACAGGAAGAUGAGGACUUCUGCGAGCUGUACAGCGAAGAUUUUGAGUUAUGUACUGACACAGAAACCCCAGACGGGGAUGGUCCUGGGUCCCUGCAGCCCCAUACUGAUAGUACUGGUAUGUGCAGUGAACAUAAUACAGAAGAAGAAGAAAAAACUGAGGAAGAGUUGGAGACUGUGCCUGUAGCUGGGCUCAUUUUCCUCACACAGUUGGUGUACUGGUAUCUAGUCCUUCCUAUGCCGCCGUAUGUAUGUGCGGUGGUGCAUGGGAUGGUAGGAGGUUUCAUGUUGGCUGUCCUGGUCCUUUGGCUGUCCUCCUCUACGGGCUCCUCCUCGGGAUUGAGCAGAGGGAAGCGAAACGUUCAGCACUGGAAUCUUUCUCAGUUGGAUAUUAAAGAACCAGAUAUAUACAAGGGUUGGAUGAAUGAGAUCCACAGCUAUGACCCAGAGACGUACCACGCCACCUUGACUCAUUCAGUCUUCAUCCGUCUGGAGGGGUCUGUCCUGCGUCUGUCUAAACCCAACAGGAACAUCUCCCGUCGGGCCACCCACAAUGAACCCAAACCUGAUGUCACCUAUAUCAGUCAGAAGAUCUAUGACCUGACCAACAGCAAGAUCUAUCUGAUGCCCCAGAGUCUGGCACGGAAGAGAGUUUGGAACAAGAAGUACCCCAUUUGCAUUGAGCUGGCAAAGCAGGACGACUUUAUGUCCAAGACGCACGGAGAGCAGGCUGAAGCCACGGAGGAGAGAACAGCAGGGCUGAGUGAGAAACUGGAGCGAUCAGAUAAGAGCGAGAAAGUGGAUGAACCGGGAUCAGGAGAGGAACCCAAAAAACAAACGUUCCGAGGAGGUGAUCUGACUAUCUACCUGUUUGGGAGGACAGGCCGGGAAAAGGAGGAAUGGUUUCGAAGAUUUCUCCUGGCAUCUCAGAUUAAAUCAGUCGGGCGAAGUGUCACUCUGUCCGCCGCCUGCAAGAGUGCCUUCUUGCCCUCAAACAGCCGCAGCAGCAGCAGCAGCACUCAAUCUGGGGGCGCUUUGGAUCCUGACAGCAGGAGCAGCAGCCGGGGAAGCCUGGAGGAGUCGUGUCAGACCCGCCUCAGAGAUGCAGCCACCAUCUCAGGUUCUACUGGAGGCACCAAGCAGAAAAUGCUUUUGGACUAUAACGUCUAUAUGGCCAAAUAUGUCAAUGCAGAGACACCGGUGAGGAGUCCAGUCGACACGGACAGCCCUGGUCACAGCCCCGAGGGCAGCCGGAAAUCCACCACAAAGGAACCCAAGAGCUCAGCGGAAACUGUGGAACCUGAAGCCUGGGUAAAUGCUUUUCUGGGACGGAUAUUCUGGGAUUUCCUGGGAGAGAAGUACUGGGCAAAUGUCGUCUCCAAGAAGAUCCAAAUGAAGCUCAGUAAGAUCAGGCUGCCGUACGUUAUGAAUGAACUGACUCUGACAGAACUUGACAUGGGCUUUUCCAUUCCUAAGAUACUCCGUGCCUCCAAACCUUCUGUGGACCACCAAGGUCUGUGGUUUGAUCUCGAAGUCUCCUACACGGGUUCCUUCCUCAUGACGCUAGAGACCAAGAUGAAUCUGGCCCGUCUGGGAAAAGAGGGCAAGAGUCUCGGGGAACAUGGCAAAGAGUGGCCAAAGACAUACUGUCUGGCAGACAGCGAUGAGGAAUCGUCCAGCGCCGGCUCGUCGGAUGAGGAGGAUCCUCCAGAACUCUUCAGUGACAAAGCCGUUGUUCCUGGAGGUGAAGGCUUUGUGGGAGGCCACAGGCCCAGCAAGAUCAUGCGCUUUGUGGACAAGAUAGCCAAGUCAAAGUACUUCCAGAAAGCCACCGAGACGGAAUUCAUUAAGAAGAAGAUGGAGGAGGUAUCGAACACGCCUCUGCUGCUCACCGUGGAGGUGCAAGAGUGCCGCGGGACGUUGGCAGUCAACAUCCCCCCUCCGCCCACAGACAGGAUCUGGUAUGGUUUUCGGAGCCCCCCUCACCUGGAACUGAAAGCUCGACCUAAACUUGGCGAGAGAGAAGUCACCCUCGGUCAUGUGACGGAGUGGAUUGAGAAGAAACUGGAUCAGGAGUUUCAGAAAAUAUUUGUGAUGCCAAACAUGGAUGAUGUGUGGCUACCCAUAAUGCACUCUGCCAUGGACACCCGUUCAAAUGCCAACUUGGUUACUGUGACAAACGAUGCCUUGAAGGACUCAGAACAUUUGGAAUCGGACGCGUCUGACAUAUAAAGACUGCUCAUGUUUCAGACCAUUUCGUCACGGUGCCAAUAUGACAGCGCAGCAGUGACCAGGACCAACUCAAACGUGUCAGUCACACUGCUGCACCAACUGCACGCCAGUGGAAGAGAACGGUGACCCCGUGAUCGCCAUCUAGCAAGAGUUUUGUGUGAUAUUAAACACUAAGGUUGGUUCUGUGAUGGAACACACGGGGCGUGUUGAGGCAUUUUCAAAAUGUGACGAAUAGCCAUCUGAUUCUGAAGAACCAUAAUACCUGUGAUGUACAGCUGCGCCAAACCUUUGUUGUACAGUGUGUACUUUAGUGUAACCUUCCCAAAUGAGUGCUUUAUCGUUGACAUUCACUGAUUCUGAGGCUGCAGUUUAAACAUUUCGUUGUGGUUCGUGAACAGGUUGUGAUUUGCAGCAAACAAAAGACUCGUAUCCAGUAACGCUGCCUGUGUCCGAGCUAAUCUGGCUACACAUUGAGUGACGGCGAUGCUGUGGACACUGUUUGUUGUGCUUUUAGGAGGUUUGUUUGACCAAUAAUGAGUCUGCAAACACAGCAGCUCAACAUGUUCCAUCUCAUGAACGUACAAAUACAUUUCUGUCUCCCUCGUGAUAUUGGGAACAACAGCUUUUUCUUGCCCAUGCAUAAUUUUUUAUGAAAAUGUGGCUACACUUCCCAAAUUUGUUACUUUAGCAAAAA